UCCAGCCGUAAAGCGCGACGCCGUCGACUCGCUCUGCUGGCCUCCCGCCGCGGGCGGGCGCGAAAUGUCGUGAGCCGCAUCCGGCCGGUCGACGGCGCGGGAGCGACCGCGGGCGGGUGGCGACCGGCGGCCUCCCAUGCUCCGUCGGUGGCGGCGGCGGCGGGUGUCCCUGUCCUUCCCCUCCCCCUUCAUGCGGGGUCCGGGCCGGGGCCGCGCCCGAGUCGCCCCCGCCCGUUAUGGCCAGGAAGACAGUUAGCAGGAAGAGGAGAGCGGCCGCCCCCGCGUCGGGGCCCGGCGGAGAGCAGUACGGCUGGGAUCACUCGGUCCAUAAAAGGAAGAGACUUCCGCCGGUGAAGAGGUCCUUGGUGUGCUACCUGAAAGGACGAGAGGUGCGGCUUUCCAACGAGUCCAGCUACCAUCGCUUGUUGCACGCGUACGCCGCUCAGCAGCUGCCCGGUUUGCUGAAGGAAAGAGAAUUUCAGCUGGGAACGCUUAAUAAGGUCUUUGCGUCGCAGUGGUUGAACCACCGGCAAGUGGUGUGCGGGACAAAAUGCAAUACGUUGUUCGUGGUGGACGUCCAAACUGGGCAGAUCACCAAGAUUCCCAUCCUGAAGGAUCGAGAACCCCACAUAGUCAACCAGCAGGGCUGUGGUAUUCAUGCCAUCGAACUCAACCCUUCCAGGACCCUCUUGGCCACCGGAGGGGACAACCCAAACAGCCUCGCCAUUUAUCGUCUGCCUACCCUUGAUCCCGUCUGUGUGGGAGACGAUGGGCACAAAGAUUGGAUAUUUUCUAUUGCAUGGAUCAGUGACACGAUGGCUGUUUCGGGUUCCCGAGAUGGUUCAAUGGGCCUCUGGGAAGUGACGGAUGAAGUCUUGGCCAGGAGCGACGCACGGCGCAACCUGUCGCAAGUCCCCAUCUACGCACACAUCACCCACAGGGCUCUGAAGGACAUUCCCAAGGAGAACACCAACCCAGCCAACUGCAAGGUCCGGGCGCUGGCUUUCAACCACAAGAACAAGGAAUUGGGAGCUGUUUCUCUGGAUGGGUAUUUCCACCUCUGGAAAGCGGAACACAUGCUGUCAAAGCUACUCUCAACCAAGUUACCCUACUGCCGGGAAAACGUGUGUCUGGCCUAUGGUCAGGAGUGGUCGGUGUACGCCGUUGGCUCUCAGGCCCACGUCUCUCUCCUGGACCCCCGACAGCCUUCCCACAAAGUUAAGUCUGUCUGUUCCAGAGAGCGAGGAAGCGGCAUUCGCUCAGUGAGCUUCUACGAGCACAUCAUCACGGUGGGGACUGGACAGGGCUCCUUGCUGUUUUACGACAUCCGAGCCCAGAGGUUCUUGGACGAGAAGCCAUCACACAAUUACUACGGAUCAAAAUUGGCAGGAAAUGAAAUUCUCAAACUCUCCACUGGCAAAGGUUGGCUGAAUCAUGACGAAACCUGGAGGAAUUACUUUUCAGACAUCAGCUUCUUCCCCAACGCCGUUUACACACACUGCUAUGACUCGUCGGGCACGAAGCUUUUCGUGGCAGGAGGCCCACUUCCUUCCGGACUCCAUGGGAACUACGCCGGCCUCUGGAGCUAAUGACGCUUUCCGAAAAAGCUUCUCGAGCGUGACUUUGUUUUUUUUUUUUUUUUUUCUUCUCCUUACCCUCACCCUUGUUUUCUUUCCUUUUUUAAAAAACAAAAGGAUUUGUGUGUGGUGACAUUCCCGUCUUCUGGUUUUGAUGCCACUUGGGGUUUAAUCUUUUUUUUUUUAAGGAGGGGAAACCGUCGAUCCUGUUGGUCUCCCAGCGGUUUUUUGUACGUUUUUAAAAUGUUUUUUUUUUGUUGUUGUUGUUGACCUGCUUUGAUCUUUCUACAGUAGACUGGGGGUUGGCACCCUUUUUAUUGCGUUUCCUAAAAAUGGCGGAGUCAUUGCCCCUCCCUCCCCGAGCUCAGACUGAUCAACCAACCAUAGGUCUCAUUUUUCUUCUCUUACUUCGCUGUGAGGUAGGAAUCCUCAAUUAGAUCGGCUGCUGCCGAGCUUUCUAUGAAAGCCCAGGGGCUGUGUGUGUGUGCGCGCGUGUGUUUGUGUAUACAUGUAUGUGCAGGUAUUUUGUCAGUCACAUUUCCUGGAAUAAAAACAAUCUAAUUAAA